GCACUCCAUCAAGCUCCACUUUUCAAGCCCUUGACGCAGCGAAAUUGACGACCAAUCUGCAGAUCACUUUGAACGGCAUGAUUAGAAAAGAUAUCCGGCAACUCGGUCUUCUAGAGCUGCCGGACACAGUAUAAGUACUGCCGCCUUCCCGUCAAAAUAAGCUCUUCGUUGCACCGUCCCAGACCUACAUCACAAUGAAGACAACGCAAACCCGUCUUGCAGCCGUUGCGGCUUUGACAUCCGGAGCAGUAGCUAUCACCUGCGACAAAGAUUCAUUGCAAUCUGCCUUCUCGUCAAUUGCUACUGUUGACUUUGCAACAUGGAUGCCUGCCAAUAGCACAUUCAACAUUCCUAAGGCUGAUAUAGCCUAUCCGACUGCACCGACCCAGUUGAGAGCAGCAUGCGCUGUUCAGGUUUCGGUCAAGAAUGGUACCUCCAAUUACGGCUUCGGACUCUUCUUGCCUGAUGAUUGGAAUGGUCGUUUCCUUGCUGUCGGCAAUGGUGGCUUUGCUGGUGGAAUUAAUUGGCUGGACAUGGGCGCCGGCUUGGGUUACGGAUUCGCUGUCAUGUCUACGGAUACUGGUCACAACAGCGUCAACAACAAUGGCAGCUGGGCUUAUCACAACGAAGGCGCGAUCUUGGACUGGGGUUAUCGCGCUAUGCACGGCUCCACAGUACUGGGCAAGCAAUUGACCACUGCAUACUACUCAAACGACAUCCUCUACAGUUACUACAGCGGAUGUUCGACUGGCGGCAGACAAGGCCUUCGUAACCUUCAACUCUUCCCUGAUGACUUUGAUGGUGUAGUUGCCGGUGCACCUGCUUGGUGGACUAAUCACCUUCAACCCUGGACAGCCAAAGUCGGAAGCUAUAACCUGCCCAACACUUCCGCUCAUCACAUUCCUCCUACUCUCUUCCCAGCGAUUGGAGCUGAGGUGAUGCGCCAAUGCGACGGCGCAGACGGUGUAGUCGACACCAUCAUCUCCGAUCCAGAAGCAUGCGACUUCAACCCCGAUCUCCUUCUUUGUACACCGAGCAAGAACACCUCAUGCCUGACAGUACCUCAACUCAACACUCUGCAUCAAAUCUACAGCGACUACGUCGACACCAACCAGACUUUUGUCUUCCCUCACCUUUGGAUGGGCAGUGAAGCUCAAUGGGUACCUCUGCUCGGAUUGAACGCACCCAACAAUCUCGGUCCCCACUAUGUUCAAUACUUCCUCCAACGCGGCCCCGAAUGGCAAUGGCAAGAUUUCGACUACGGCGUUAUCCAACAAGCCGACGCUCAAGAUCCUGGAAACGCCACUGCUGAUGACUUUGAUCUUUCGCCUUUCAUGGAAAGAGGUGGCAAACUUCUCCACUACCACGGUAUGGGCGAUGGCUUGAUCCCAACCGGCAGCUCUGUCUACUUACACUCGCAAAUCUUCCGCACUCUCGCCCCCAAAGAUGUGGAUCUCGACUCCUUCUACCGUUUCUUCCUCGUCCCCGGUAUGCAACAUUGCACCAACACUGCAACCACUGUAAACGCGCCUUGGUAUUUCGCCGGCGCCAAUCAAGCCGCUACUCUAUCAUCUUCUGUCUCGGGCGUACCUGGUUUCAGAGAUGCCAAACAUGAUAUUCUGCUUGCCAUGAUGGCUUGGGUGGAGAACGGAACCGCUCCUGCCGAGAUCAUCGCUACAAAGUGGGUUAAUGAUACUCUGCAGGAUAAAGUCAUGAGACAGAGACCUUUGUGCAUGUGGCCGAAGAAGCAAAAGUGGAGUGGACAGGGUGAUGUUAAUGCUGCGGAGACAUGGUCGUGCGAGUAGAUGCUUGUCGAAACGCAUGAACAAGGGUUGCAAAAUACCAUCUAGUACCUGUGUCUUCCCUUCACUUUUCCUUCUGCGUGUAUAUACUACCUGUCCUCUGUAAAGCGUACUCGGACGAGUAUCGGCGACGCGGGAUUGCUUCUAUAAGAUACAUGCUCUAUACCCGAGAUUUGAAUCCGUAGACCUCGUGAUUAGAUUUCCUCCUCCUUCCCACUCUCUGUUUCUUGCCAAACC